GCCUGCCCUGGGGCGGGGCCUCGGGCGCGCUCGGCCUCGGGAGCAGGCUGCGGGGUGCCCAAGUCCUGGAGUCCCGAGAUCGAGGAGACAUGGCCGCCCCCCGCGACGCCGAGGUCUGGAAGGACGUGCAGACCUACUAUGGGCAGGUGCUGAAGAAAGCAGCGGACCUCCAGACCAAUGCCUGUGUCACCUCAACCAGGCCGGUCCCCAAGCACAUCCAGGAAGCCCUGCAGAAUGUACAGGAGGAAGUAGCCUUGAGGUAUUAUGGCUGUGGUCUGGUCAUCCCCGAGUGUUUGGAAAACUGCUGGAUUUUGGACCUUGGUAGUGGAAGUGGCAGAGAUUGCUAUGCACUUAGUCAGCUGGUUGGCAAGAAGGGACAUGUCACUGGAAUAGACAUGACAGAAGGUCAGGUAGAAGUGGCCAAAAAGUAUAUUGGAUAUCACAUGGAAAAAUAUGGCUUCCAGGUGCCCAAUGUGACUUUUAUUCAUGGCUACAUAGAGAAGUUGGGAGAGGCUGGAAUCAAGAAUGAGAGUUACGAUAUCAUUAUAUCAAAUUGUGUCAUUAACCUCGUGCCUGAUAAACAAGAAGUGCUGAAGGAGGUAUACCGAGUGCUAAAGCAUGGUGGAGAGCUAUAUUUCAGUGACGUCUAUGCUAGCCUUGAAUUGCCAGAAGAAAUCAGGACGCACAAAGUUUUAUGGGGUGAGUGUCUGGGUGGUGCUUUGUACUGGAAGGACCUUGCCAUCCUUGCCCAAAAAAUUGGGUUCUGCCCACCACGUUUGGUCACUGCCAGUCUCAUUACAGUUCAAAACAAGGAAGUAGAAAGAGUGAUCGGUAACUGUCGUUUUGUUUCUGCAACAUUUCGCCUCUUCAAACUCCUUAAGACAGAACCCGCCAAACGAUGCCAAGUUAUUUAUAAUGGAGGAAUCACAGGACACAAAAAAGAACUAAUAUUUGAUGCAAAUUUCACAUUUAAGGAAGGCGAAAUUGUUGAAGUGGAUGAAGAAACAGCAGCUAUCUUGAAGAAUUCACGAUUUGCUCAAGAUUUUCUCAUCACACCAAUUGGAGAGAAGUUGCCAACAUGUGGAGGUUGUUCUGCUUUAGAAUCAAAGGAUGUAAUCACAGAUCCGUUCAAGCUUGCAGAAGAGUCUGACAAUAUGAAGUCCAGAUGUCCCCCUGAUGUUGCUAGUGGCUGCUGUGGCACGAAGAAAAGCUGCUAAAACUACAGCUCACCAGAAGACAGUGGGCAGGAGGCGAAGGAAUGAGUUACAUAUGUCUUUUAACCUGCUCUUCCCCACAGCGCAACCACAGGAGAGAAUACAUAGAAUUCUAUUCUAGGUCAUUUAUAAAAAUAAAUGAAUCAUUUUUAGAAGGUAUGAAUUAAAAGUUCACAACAAAUCACCUAAAGACUAGUUAAGCUGUUUUUCUCUAGCCUAAAUUCAAAGUUCUGGUGCCACCUACUGGUCCGAAGUGGAACUGAGACGUGAUCUUAAGGCUUGGCCAGUGGGCGAGAAAGCUUUCAGAAAUAACAGUUGACAGAGGGUCUCAGGAAAAACGUCUUUCUUCCGACCUGCAUAGCACCUUUUGGACUUUUCACCAUAUUUUCUCAUUAAACCAGACUCCUACUGACAUCAUGCUAGUCGUGCCAAAAGAUUGCCAAAUCAAAUUUGGUAGGAGUGCUCUUGAGAUAGCUGGUCUUUUAAAUCACUUUUUUUUAAAAAAAAUUUGCAAUUAAAUGAAGAAAACAAAUGAAUAAUUUCUUUAACCUCAGUUCACCCUCAUGUAUGACAACAUAGUGACUAUCUGUGGUAAAUCCUAACUGGAUCAGGAAAAGAGUUUGCUAAUUAUCGAAAGAAGAGCUAGGAGGUGUAAAAAAGGUGGCUUUUCUUUAACAGGUGCCCUGGUUAAACUUUCAGGAAACUAUUAGACUGAGUUCUAGUUUCCAUAGUUAAAGAAGAAGAUUGAGGAAUAUUUCAAGGAUGAUUCCAUCAUUAGAAAUUGAGAAUGUUAAGGAAAGUUUCAAGGAUGAGUAAAUAAGUUGAAGACUUUGUUGGGGGACCCAGAAAUGUAUGUGUCAUAUAUAAGUCAACGUCCUUGUCAUCAGGAGCUGAGAGUUCAGUUUGUGAAUAACAGCCUUUACGCAAUGAAGAGUUUUAAUAUGAAAAUCUCAGCCAGUUGCUCUGAGCUCAAAAAGAACCAGGGGGGAGCUAGCAUGGCCCAAGAGAUUUUUUAUUAAGGGGUAUGAGAACUUUUAGGCCUUGUAAAACAUUGGAAUGGAAUCUGCAGGACAGACCCCUCUUUUAAUACAGCUGUUAAAAAUGCAGAAAUCCUCAGAUUUUUGAGUGGGUUCAGACUUACUGACUGAGGAGAAGACUAGGUGGCAUCUUUUAAGCCCUGUUCAUCUCAGUGACCUUGACUCUAAACAGUGCUUUCUUGGUUCUAGAGUUCAGUAUCUACCCAGUCUUUACCUACUUUAGUGACAGCAUUCGUUAGAAUGGUACAGCUGGGAUUAAGCGUACUUCGGUAUCCAUGAGCAUAAGGUGGUCCUGCUAGAGGGGAAAUGAUGAAAAGAGAGGGUGUUCUGGUUAUUUGGUUUAUUAGGCUUUUCUGAAUUUAGAGGGAGGAGGUAUUAGUGUUUCAUUUGUCAUUCUGAACUCUCAGUUCUCCCAAAAAGAUGUUGAGUGAUGAGAUUGAGCUGGAAUAGGGAAAUUGACAGUGUUCUUUUCCUAAGAAUAACAUACUUUAUACAUUAUUUUCCAAGAAAAAUAUACAUUUUAAGAAUUGUAUUUGACCUAGAAUUUAGAAAAAAUAUGUAUUGAAUAACGUAAAAUUAAAGUAGACAUGUUUUGU